AUGGAGAAAGACGCUCCCCACAGCCAUGAGGGCGGCGAAGCAGGCUACUCCUCCGUCUCUGUAUCAACGAUCGCCCUCAGUGCUACCCCAGAGAAUGACGCCUCCCACGAUGGUCCGACAACCAGCGCGGAGCUAGCCGAUCCAGCUCUGAACUGCAGUGGUCCCCCUACUGAGACGCCAAUACCCACAAGACAGAGCCCUCAGGCCGACACCGACGAUAUCCCUGAAGACCUGCUUCAGGAGUUCGUCAACGAAGUGAAGAAACACCUGGACUCAGCAAAGUCAGUGUCAUCCUGGACCUGCUUUGAGGAGACGCUGACCGCGAGACCGAAGUUAUUGCCGCCGCAGUCAAGAUCCCGGCUGUACAAAAGGAACAGACGCCAGGCCGUGAGGCUUAUCGCGCAGGGGACCCAAGAAAGGUGCCCCAUAUCGGAUGAAGUGCUUACAGACCACUUCCGCCAUGUAUGGGAGGAGAAACAAGCGGACACCGAACUACUUUGUAGCAGGACACCGGCGGAAGAGGGAAUCAACUCAGAGCCAUUCUCCCCAGAAGAAGUGAGAGCUCGCCUACGCCGCUGCGAAAGCACAGCUCCUGGAGACGACCAGCUGACAUACGCCCACUGGAAGGCUGUUGACCCGGGAUGCUACUUCCUGGCAGCAGUAUUCAAUGUGUGCCUUCUAUACAGGCGGGUACCGAGCAGCUGGUGUGCCACCAGGACGGUGCUGAUCUACAAGAAAGGAGACCGCCAGGACCCAUCAAACUGGAGGCCCAUCUGUCUCGGGAGGACGAUUGCAAAACUUUAUGCGGGAUGUUGGGCCUCCAGGCUGCAAUGCUGGAUCCAGGACGAAGAAGUCUUAUCGAAAUGCCAGAAGGGAUUCCUGCCUCACGGUGGUGUGUUCGAACACAACUUCGUGUUGCAGGAAAGGUUCAACAACGCACGCAGUGGAGGAAAUGAACUAUGUGUAGGGAUGCUGGAUUACACAAACGCAUUCAGAUCUGUUCCACACAAUGCCCUAGUGGACACCGUCAAAGGAGCAGGGACUGGUGCAACAUUUGUAGAAGUAAUCCAGGACCUAUACUCGGAAAACACGACCACCGUACUGAGCAGCAAUGGAUGCACCGAGCCGAUACCUACGCGGGCUGGUAUUCGUCAGGGAUGCCCGCUGAGCGGCUUGCUGUUCAACCCGGUGGUGGACCCUAUCAUAAGGAGAAUCCAAGGGGGAGGAAAAGAACAUCGCAUCUUAGCAUACGCUGACGAUAUUACAGCCCUGGCUCCUGACCCUACGACACUACAAACAUGCAUCGACUUGGUGGCGUCCAUGUCCACGAAGCGACCCGUGGGACUCAGGGAUACCACCUUCACAGUGCUAGGCGAUCCUAUACCGGCGCUGGAGGAAUUUGCCAGUCACCCCUUCCUCGGAAAGCCGGUGGGAUUCAACAUCUUGCCCGAAGGCUCAACAGUCAGCGAUGCCAACGCCACCGGCCAGAAGAUCCUGAACUCCAUGUUGUCCCCCUGGCAACGACUGGAUGCAGUCAAGACAUUCGUCUUAUCAGCGCAGAAUUUUGAAAUGCGGCUUGGGGCUACGAACGACUACCUUUACGGCAGCAAAAAUUCCGGAGCGUGCGCCAUUCCUUUAGCUGCCGAGUUGAGCGACCUGUCUCGCAUCGACAGUGCGUUCAAGCUGCUUACAUCGAAAGACGAAGAGGUCAAGAUCCUGGCAUGUAAUGCACUGGAAAGCACCACCGAGGGAAGGCUUCGGCGAAAGGCAACCGAGCGCGACAUAGAGGACUUCCUCUCAGGCGAAAAUGAAGGUGAAUUCCGUGCCCCCGCGUCAGGCCUGAGAAACAUAUGGACAGAGGCUAGGAAAGCCUCUCGGCGCCUGCAAAUCACGUGGGAGUUCACUGACAAAGAGCCGUACCUUACAUGCGGUAGUUCCAGCGUCACCGCACUGCAAAGAAGGCGCGUGAUUGCCACCCUUCGAAAGGAACUCAGCAAUCGUCGAGACGAAAGCCUUAAAAGCCUCCCCAAUCAGGGAAAGGUAAUGGAGCGCGUCGCAGCGGACCCUUCGAGCAGCCAUUUUAUUCGCGGCGGCACCUAUACCAGGUUCUCUGAUUGGAGGUUCAUUCACAAGGCAAGGUUGAACCUCCUCCCACUCAAUGGUGCACGGCCUUGGCAAUCAGGAGGUGACACUAGAUGCCGAAGAUGCGAAUACGCCAGCGAAACGCUGCCGCAUGUACUAUGCCACUGCAAGAGGCAGAGUGCGGCCAUGACCGGCAGGCACAACCGUGCUGUGGACAGGAUCAAAAAGGCAGCCAGUGGCCGAUACACAAUAAUGGCGGAAAAUCAACCAUUGGAGUCACAGCGCUGCGGCCGGACCUCGUCCUUCAGAAAGGAGAAGAAGCAAUAA